AUGAAAGAGCGCUCCGGGGGGGGGGGCGGCGGGUGGACCCGGCCUGGGUGUUUGCACAGGGCCCCAGCCGCGGCCACCGGGGAGGGCGGGGGGCUGCUGGGGGCACGCGGGCCGGGCCGGCGCGGCGUGGGGCGUGAGACGGCAGGCGCGCGAGUCCCAGUUUGGCUAUACGGAGAGCAGAGUUUUACCAUAGCGCUAAGCGGGCCGUGCCAGAGUGGCCGACCUGUUAACCAACUUCGGCCAGGAAAGCCCCCUCCCCACGGAGCUCUUUUCUUUCCGAAGAGGGUCUGCGAGUGUGGCGCCUCCUCAGCCGCUAGUGUAGGGUCCUGCCAGCCCGCUCCGCACCCACGGAGCGGAGAGGCGCCUCGGCCCAGCGGCUCAUUGAACGCAAAGCCAUGGCCGGUCUGCGGCGGUGCGGGGCAGGGCUGUGGGUCCCGGGUGGAGGCCGGCGCGUGGGGGCCCGCGGGAAGAGGAGACAGGUCAAAGGGUCAGCACGGCGGUUUCAGGCAGCGGUUAUUUAGGCGGGUCGUGGGACGGAGCAGCUUCCACCGGGCGGGCAGCGUGUGCGGGAGCCUUGCCCUCCCCGGGGCCCGGGCGUCCUCCGUUCUAGCGGACGCUCGGGCCCUGGGCCACGCGCUCGACGAGGCCGGGAGACCAGCGGGACGCAAGAUGCUCCGAUGCCAUUCAACAGCCUGGUGGAGCACACGAGGAAAUGGGGUGCUCAGCGACUCUUGCUCCCUCAGCAGACAAAGGCUUCCAGCGGAGACCUGGGCGCUGAGGGCGGUGCAAACCCGCUUUCCUUUGUGUCGCGUUCUUCCAGUUCUUCCAUGGGGCCAGACAGCUGACAGGUGUGCCCCUCCCCGCCGGAUAUCCAGCAGUCAGCACCAGCCUUGGGAGCAGAACGUGAUGAACCGACACCCUCCCUGACAGCUCAGAAGAGAAUCCCUCAAAUGCAUAUUCUAUUGAGUGCUUCUCGUUGCUGCGACAGCCACUUUAUCAAUUAAAUUCCAUGUUCUCUGUCUUCAGAGACGCCAUGAACCUCCCUACCUAAUAAAUCACAGCCCCCCAGUUAUUGUUAAAUGUCCUAUCAGUCUCUAAUAAACUCCCUGCCAAAAGGGGCAGGUUAUUUAUUA